AUGUACCCCAAGUGCAGGCUGGUCUAUGUGCUGCUGGGGCUGAGGAUCCUGCUUGUUGGGGGGCUGCCCCCACCCUGCCCCCCACCCUGCCAGUGCUACGACACCUCUAAAGUCUUCUGCUCGGAGGAGAGGAUGCGGGAGAUCCCAGCGGGCCUGCCAGGGAUCGCCACCCAGCUCUUCUUCCUGGAGGUGUCGGGCAACCCCUUGGCGGCCAUCAGCCCGGGGGUACUGGUGGGGCUGCCCAGCCUCACCAAGCUCUCCCUGGGUGCCAACGCCAUCCGCACCCUGCAGCCGGGGCUCUUCGCCACCCCCUGCCGCCUGCAGGACCUGCGCUUGCCGGGGAACAAGAUUGAGGAGUUGCCCCCUGGCAUCUUCCACCCGCUCUGGCACCUCCAGAGCCUGGACCUCUCGCAGAAUGCCCUGGCUGAGCUGCCGGACGGGCUACUGGCCCCCCUCGCUGCCCUCCGCCUCCUCAAGCUCAGUGACAACCUGCUGCACCGGCGGCACAUGGCCCUGGGCACCCUGGCCCCUGACAUCUUUGCCAGUCUCCCCAACCUCACCGUCCUCAGCCUGGAGGGAAACCGCCUGGCCAAGCUGCCCACUACCCUCUUCACCAGCACCCCUCACCUCCUCCACCUCUCCCUGGCUCGCAACCAGCUGGAGACGCUGCCUCAGGGGCUCUUCGCCAACCUGUCGAUGCUGCAGACCCUAGAGCUGGCACGCGUGGGGCUGGCCGACAACCCCUGGGCUUGUGUCUGCCGCCUCGCCUAUCUCCUGGGCUGGCUCCAGAGCUUCGCCGAGCCCCUCACCCACGCGCAAGCCUCCUGCACCAGCCCAGCCGCUCUCCAGGGUCGGUCCCUGCUGGAGGUCCCCCAGAGGCAGCUGGAGUGCCCGGGAGCACCUGGUGUCCCUCCAGAGGAGGGCUGGCAUGGGGAUCCAGGUGAGGAUGCUCUGGGACAGUGCACCUACAGCAACCCUGAGGGCACCGUAAGUGUGGCCUGUGAUGCCACGAGCUGCCAGCAGCUGAGCCUUCGCCUCCCUCCUCCUCCUCCCAGGCAGGUGUCAGGGGCAGCGUUCCAGGGCACCUGGGUGCUGCGCUCCCGCUGUGGUACCCUGCAGGUCAGUGUCCUCGUCAUGGCGCAGCCUGGGGACGAGGCCACCUCACCAACUCUCCCCACUGCACCCUAG